GUUUCUCAUACGCGAAUAUCAAAUGUACACACCGCAAAGAGGGCUCCUUCCACAUUGUUUCAGCUGUCACGGUUUCGCAACGCCGCGCUAGGUUAAGACCGUAUUGGUUUUCAUUCACUUUAGCCAUGUGCAGCGCCUCUUCGAUUGCUACGCUUGGCACGCCCAUUGCUAUAAGCCACUCGAGGCAGUCCUCUCUCACUUAGUACCGACCAAUUGGCCCUUGACGAUGCCAUACCUAUCAUUACCCACGACCAUACUCUACUCAACACUUUGAACAAGCCCUUUCGACGAGACUCAACCAGGCAGCCUGUCAGCAUGCGAGCCUUCACCUUCCUCGCCGUUCUGCUAGGCCACCUCCUCUUCGCUAUCGCCUCCCCGCUGGCGACCGAACCCGCCUCCAUCACUACCGACAUAACUCCCAACAAUGCCGCAAUCGCCGGUGGUGUCUACGCAUGUCAAGGCGACAACUUCACUGGUGAUUGCUUCUGGAACCCGCCCGAGCGCAUGCGAGCGUGCGCCCUUCUCCUGAUCGGAAACCCCAGCAACGGCGUCGGAUACAAACCUCGAUCAAUCGGCCCGGACGAGGGAGGCCACUGCGAUGUGUUCAAGGGACGGGUCUGCAAUGACCAGACGUUCUAUAAGCGUAUCGAUUGGCCUGGCGUGAAGAACGCUACCGAGCUUGAUCCACGUGCCUGGGACGCGAUUCGGUGCUAUGGUGUUUUGGAUUGAGCCUCAUUACAUGGAAAGACUGCGGUGGAGUUUUUGGAGCGUUAAUUCGACCGCGGUCCCCUGUACGAGGUUCCAAAUAAUCUCCCACUAGAGGAAUAACCGACAUGUUGGCGGAUGAAGGGCCUUUGAGUUGCAAUGACGGAUGGGGCGAUAUGUGUCUACAGGAGCAGAUCGAAUGAUCGGACAUUGCUGCUUUUUGCCCCAAAAAUUUCGCUUCUCACAGAGAUAAUGGAGUCUUCCUGAUCUCUUUUUGUUCUCGAAAUCCAACAUGUUCGCUUGAGAGUUCCACGAAAGAUACGGCCGUGCUGGCCUGGAAGACUUCUGCUUUAUACCAUCACCCUUGGCAAAUCCGCAUCCAACACGAGUAUGGCUAAAAUUAAAUGCGGAAAGUAUGUCUAGAGGCAUAACAAGCAUUGCAACUUGUGGGAUUGCUUGAUGUUGUCCAAGUCUAAUCCUUGUAUUGUACGAGAACUUAAAGCACGCC